CUUCGAUAUCGCAGAUAAACAACAUUGCAUAUAAAAAAAAAGAAACAAACAAACAACCCACUGAUCGGUUCUACCCCGCAGAGAAUACAACCACCACCAACAACCACGAAGUAAUCAGACACUGGAAGGAUCCAGCUCCUCAAUCAGUUGUUGGAAUCUCGUCGCAAGACGGUUUCAGAUGCAAAGUUUCAAAGUGAAAACUGUUGGUGUCAGCAGUCCCUGAAACCCCCUCCUGAACCACCCAUGGCCCACCACAGUCCCAGCGAGCCCAACCAUGCCGCUGCCCACAUUCCCCCCUUCGCAAGGCCACUGGCUCCUUACAUCCGAACCCGCCAGGAGACCCUGCGCAUUCGACAGGCCCUGACGAUCUACCUCCGCUCGCUCAUUACCUUUGCCGACGACGAUGUCGAUCGGCCGGACCGCCACGCGCAAUCCCACCUCUCCCUGUGUGUGCCCCACGAGGCGGUCGUCGACGUGAAACGCACUCCGCUGGAAGUGUCUGGCCUGAGGAGAGAGUACUUGGAGGCGCUACGGGCGAACGUCGCGGCAAGGAGAGAAUAUCAGUCGUUAUUCGAAGGCGAGACCGCCGGGUCCGCUCCGCCCACCUCGGAGACGCCGAAACCAGAUUCCACCCUCGAGCUCCAGGCUUACCUUCGACUGCUCCGCGAUCGCCGCCAGCAUGAUAAGCUGCGCGUCUUCCAGCAUCAUCUGCAACAAAUCAAAACCCGCGAGACGGUCAAACCGGAGGAUUUUGAGCGGACGGAUGGGAAAGAACGGUUGGUGGUACCGGAGGACUGGACGCAAGACGAACAGAGCGGGGGUCGGCCCGACGGGGAUAUCGAAGGGUUGUUGCAUAACUUGGAGAGGGCCGUGGUGCGCGCUAAGAGCCAGCUCAAUCAAGAGAAGAGGCUGUUUGAAGAGCUGAAAGCGCGGCACGACGCACGGGAGAACCCCGAUGACAUUGAUCCAGCCGUCAAGCUCGCGGCAUUACAGAGAACCAGAGACGAGUUGGUGCAGUGGGUAGAGCAGAAGCUGACCACUGCGGGGAGCAGCGAAGAUGCCCCCCCGGAGGAGAUACCCCCGGAGGAGAUUGAGGAAUCGGUGCGUCUGUUGGAAGAACAAAAGGCACAGGUUAUGGAGCUUUACUCCGAAUACGUGGACGCCCGCAAGCGGCUCUUGGAUGCCGCAGCUCGCGCCUGUCAGCCCAUCGCCAGUGCUUCAGCGAAGCCUCCGGAUCGGUCGCCUGGCCCAGAUAAACCCAUUGCCGAUCCGACGCCGUCGCUGGAGAGCUUGGAUGCUCUCUCGUUUACCAGCGACGUCCUACUCCCUCUUGCCAAGAGCCAGCGGGCGCUGUCUCUCCAGAAAACCUACCUCGCCGGGCUUCUCGGGAAAGAGAAGUCCACGACACUUCGGAUCUUGAACCGCCUGAGCGACGAGAGCCAUCUUCUGCCGGAGUAUCCGAUCCUAGCCCGUCAGCCCCGUUUCAAGCACACCGCCGCGGUCGCCCAGAAAGACCCCGCCAAGCAGGAUGCGGUUGUUUCGCUGGCCGAAGCCUGGGCCUUUGCUUCUGACGCGGCGGACUCGGGCAACCGAGAGUUUGUGGAACAGAAGGUGCUCCAGGGGACUGAAACGACGGAGGAUGCGCAGCAGGCGCUGCAAGAGAUCUACAGUCUGCUCAACCAGGACCUCGAGGAGACUCUACGCGAUGAUGGGGACGGGCAAGGCGACAAUGAUAUCUGGGCCUCCGAGGCACAGUCGACCCGGUCGCGGACGAGAGCCAACCGGAGUGAACGGCGACCCAAGGGGCCCUGGUCCCGACUGAAUGGGCGGAUUGGCGUGGAAUGAUUGGAUUGAUAAUCUAGUAUGACU